AUAUGUCAACAUCAGCAACGGAAUAGUUUUUCAUAAAAAUUAUCCACAGUUAUGACCCGUAGGGUUCCCACGGUUUCCUCGGGCGAUUCACUGGUUUCUGAGCCAGAACAACCUUCACGCAAGAGAAUACGGCCACUCUCUCUAAUAACUUGAUGUAAAUUGUUCUAAUGGCUGACUACUGGUUGCUAGCCUACGUAGUGGCGUGUAGUGUGCUUCUCUGUCGAGGUCUCCCAUUUGCUAAUGAGCAGCCCAUUGAUAUAAAAGACCCGGCGGUUCAAAUAGGAGUGGAUUAUCUUCAGCGGUACGACUAUUUACCACCAAUAGGAGGGUCAGGCGCAAUAUCUAAAAAGGAGUUUAAAAAGUCGCUAAAACAGAUGCAAAAAUUCUCCGGUUUGAAAGCGUCUGGAAAGCUGGAUAAUGAAACACUAACCCUGAUGGGUACAACACGCUGUGGGGUUCCCGAUCCCAUUAAAGUGGCUGAAAAUGGACAAGUGAAGAGGAGUGGGGGUAAACUGUCGGUGCGUGUUGCCCGCUCUGCAUUCGCAGGCGGUAAGUGGAAAAGCAACAAGAUUACAUACAGAAUUGUCAACUUUACUCCCGAUAUUCCGGUUGUACAAACCCAAAAUGCAAUUGAACGAGCUUUCCAAGUGUGGAGUGAUGUCACACCUUUAACUUUUAGACGACUGGACACCGGCAGUGCCGAUAUCUACUUAAGGUUCGAUUCAGACGCCGCUCACGGUGACGGUUAUCGAUUUGAUGGAAAAGGUGGAAUAUUUGGUCACGCAUUUCCACCAGAGAACGCCCUUCGUUCUUUGGAUGGAGACGUUCAUUUUGAUGACGAUGAAGACUUCACAUUCCAGACCACGGCCGGCAUCAACCUAUUUCAAGUAGCUGCUCAUUUAAUCGGCCACAGCCUGGGUCUCGCUCAUUCUUCUGACCCCGAGGCGCUGAUGGCGCCCUUCUACAAAAACUUUAUACCACAAUUUCAGCUUCCACUCGACGAUACCGAGGGUAUUCAACGCAUUUAUGGUGUCAAACCUAUCGACCAGGUUGAGAAUUCCCCUGCCGAAACAACUGAAGAUGAGGCCGAAUCGUCAAGACCCUGUAACAGAGUUUAUGAUGCAGUCGGUUUUCUUCGCGGUGACAUAUUUAUGUUUAAGAAUGAUCGUUACUGGCGACUUUACUUCAUUGGUGUGAGUACCUCUGACAUCAUCCAAGGCGAUCCUAUCAAUCGUUUUUGGAGCGGGCUGCCGAAAAGUGUCGACGCUACUUACGAAAGACUCGACUCUACUAUACUCUUUUUUAAAGGAUCAAGAUACUGGGAGUAUAAAAGUAACGAGGCAAAGCCUGGGUACCCAAAGCCCAUUAGUGACCUAAGCCCUGACCUACCAGACCGAAUCGACGCUGCGUUGACUUGGCCUGACUAUGGUAAGACGUAUUUCUUCCGAAGAAAUCAAGUUUGGAGAUUCGAUGAAAAGAGGAGGGAAGUAGACAAUGCCUAUCCAAAGCUGAUUAAUGAGACAUGGAAAGGUGUACCAGAUAAUAUUGACAGCGCAUUUUCCUAUAGAAACGGGUGCACUUACUUUGUGAAGGGUAAAGAAUACUAUCGUUACAACAACAGACGUCAGUUUGUAGAGAAUGGCUUUCCUCGUUCAUUCGGUGUUGACUUUCUGAUGUGUCGAGCGGUAGAUGACUAACAACUUUUCAUAUACUUCAAGAUAUUGCUACAUGCAAAAUAAUUGAUGCUAUUGGUAGUUGAAUAUGUUGGAUUAUGUAUGCAACACGCACAACAUCUAGUGUCACAUGCCAAUGCUGUUUUAACUGUUCAUAUUGUCGUUGUCGGUAUAAAGCAUUUUUUUUUUCGGAUACUAAAUUCUAGAUGCAUACGUCCAGUUAUUUUACCACCUGAACCACUGCUGUUUAUUUUUUAAACUUUUGUGAUAAAUAGUUUUCAUCCUUAUUUUCCAUCGAUUUACAAACAUGUUUUAAAUUAAGGUAUAGGUUGCUAUAUUUUAAUGUACAGUAGGCUUACAUAGAGUGGAUUAAUGACAUCACCAACUCUAAUUCCAUCUACCAAUGCUUCAUGUAUUCUGUACAAAAGACCUUUCCGCUAAGCCAGCCCCGCCCCUUGGAUGUUGUUGCUAAGGUUACAAAACGACAGUGUAAAACAUACGCAAGCACGUGCGUUUUUGAGACAACACUUGUUUGUGGACACACGCGCGUGUGUUUCUGGCCCUGUUUUGAUGGGUCAGUUGUUCAGCUUGAUAGGCACUCCAGAAAGGUGUAUUGUCACUUUCGUCGAAUUAAAUUUGUUGCGUUAUACUUCAAGGAUGUAGAUAAGUAUCAUCAACGUCAUCAACAAUAAUCUUGUAUUAGUAACGUUUAAAGAGACUUCAUCUAAAAAUGAAAUGAUGUUUGAUUUGCGUCUAAAUCAUAUGAACCUACAUUGUAAAGCAAAGUCUUCCUUAAUAUCCUGCUUAAAUGCACCAAUGCACCAUGAAAAAUAAUAAACUGUUUAGUCCAUUUUUGGACCACAAAAAAA